AUGGAUGAAGAGUACAAAGAAGAUAAAUCUGGCUUAACCACUGCCCAUAGGAGCCCCACAUUUAGCAAAGAGGAAACAAAAGCUCUGGUUAAUAUUAUAGAGAAAUAUAAAAGCAUUAUUCUAAAUAAAUCGACGUCCGCAGCUGCAAGUCACUCCAAAGAAGCAGCAUGGAACACAAUAGCUAAAAUGUUUAAUAGUCAAGGAUUUAAAUAUUCAAGGAGCGCUGAUACUUUAAAAACAAAAUGGGAAAAUUUAAAAAGGGAAGCAAGGAAAUUGUCCAAAAAUUUAAUAGAUGUCCGAUAUACUGAAAUUAAUGACCUGACUAGUCAAGUUGUUACUAUGUUAUGUGAAGCAGAAAAAGACAGCAAUGUACUUGAUAACAAACCUGGUAUUGAUAGUGAUUCAAACGGUGAAAAAGAACUAGCAAACAUAUAUUGUGGGUAUUGGGAUGAAUGUGACAAUAAGCAAUCGGAGGAAUCAGAUGAAGAAAAUGCCACUGGAAGGUCAAAUAGGUCAUUAAACUUUUCUCCUCAAGAGUGUCGCCUUCUGUUAAAGUGUGUAAGAGCAGAAAAAAAAGAUGUUUUCUGUAAGGUAACUACUGGCAAAGCAAAUACUUUAAAGAACAGUGCUUGGAGAAGGAUAACUGAUUCAUUCAAUAAACAAAGCCCACAAAAAAGAACAACCAAAGUUUUGCGUACAAAGUUUACUAAUAUGAAAAGGUUGGCAAAAUCAGUUAACUUGCAACAUUAUCUUCCAAGCAAUGGCCAUGAAAGGCUAGGUGACACUAAUAAGGAAAUAAAGAUAGAGCCUGUUUAUGAAUGUAAGACUGACAUAGAUGUUGAAAUAGACAAUGAAGAAAUAGACUCUGAUGACCACAAUGAUUCAAACAAAAAUAAUAAUUUGAACCUGGACCCUCUCGAUGCAGUGCUGAAUGGAGAGAGUGAAUUAGGGCCUAUGAGCCACUUCGGAUCCUGGAGCCCCUCAGAAAGUAAAGAUGUUGUCAAUUUAAAAUUAAAACUAUUAAAUUACCAACUGGAAUCUGCCAAGAUGGAGAGAAAAAGGUUGGAGGCGUCAAUGGCGGCGGAGGCAGAGGCCCGCGAGGCCUUGGCACUGGAGCGAAUCCUGAGGUUGAGGGCAGCGCGUCUGGACGCGGUGGCGGCCGAACUGAGAUUGCCUUCCGAACACCCGGCGUUGCAGUACACAGUCGAGGAAACACGCGCCCAGCAAUACUUGCAGCAGCACAAUCAUACU